GACUAUUUCUCCCUCCCUCCCCCUUCCCACCCUCCCUCUCGGGGCCAUUGCUCCUGUUUCUCUCUGCAGCACUGUACUGUGUAGGUCCAGAGAGGCGCCUCAUCAAGAGAAUCGGCCAUGUUGCGUCUGUCGCAGACUUGUUUCUUUCUGCUCCUUCUACAUCGAGUGACCUCCGAGGUCUUUCUCUCCAGUGAUGAUGCCAGCCAGGUGCUGGUACGUCACAAAAGGGCCAACAGUGGUUGGGAGGAAGUACGUAAGGGGAACAUGGAGCGGGAGUGUGUAGAGGAGCGCUGUGACUACGAGGAAGCCAGGGAAAUAUUUGAAGAUGAUACAAAAACUAUAGAGUUCUGGAACAAAUAUUUUGAUGGGGACGCCUGUGUAUCCAUCCCUUGUGCCAAUGGCGGCGUGUGUAUGGACGGGAUCGGGAAGUACACAUGUUACUGCAAGUCAGAAUUUAAGGGCUACAACUGUGAGAUUGUGAUCCCUGAGCUGUGUGAGAAUCAGAAUGGGGGCUGUGAACACUUCUGCCAGGUGAAGAGAGGAAAUGUGGAGUGCAGCUGCGCAGAUGGUUACUUCCUAGACUCAGACGACAAGUACUGUAUCUCCAACGACCCUUUCAAAUGUGGUGUGAUAAAAGCCUCCAAAACUCGGAGCAUCUUCAUCUACCAGCCACAAGGCAACACCACAACCAACACCACCACAGCCAACACCAGCUUUACCAUCACCAACACCACCUCACACACAAACCAAGUUAAAGACACAGAUCACCAGAUCAAUGUCAACCAGAAAUUACUGGUGGAACGUUACGCAGACGUCUUGGAAGUAGUACAGGAGGAGAGGAUCAUUUCUGAUGUCGGUGUAGAAACACGGAUUGUUAACGGAGAGGAAUGUCCACCGGGACAGUGUCCCUGGCAGGCAUUGCUGAUAAACCACGAUGACAUUGGAUUCUGCGGAGGAACCAUCCUGAAUGAGUACUUCAUCUUGACUGCAGCUCACUGCAUGAACCAGACACGUAGCUUUUACGUUGUUCUGGGUGAGUUUGACACAAAGGUAAAGGAGGGUCAUGAAGCCAAACACUUUGUGGAUCAGGUGCUUGUCCACAGGAACUACAUAUCCGAAACCUUCCACAAUGACAUCUCCCUCAUCAAACUACAGAAGCCAAUCACUUUCACCAACUACAUCCUGCCCGCCUGCCUGCCAGAGCUGGACUUUGCAGAAAACGUCCUAAUGCGCCAACCCGAAGGCCUUGUCAGUGGCUUUGGUCGCGUGGGGGAGAACAAGCAGCCGUCCACUGUCCUGCUCCGGCUCAUAGUCCCGUACGUGCCACGAGCCACCUGCAUGGAGUCCAGCGCACAAAAAAUCUCCAAGCGCAUGUUCUGCGCCGGCUACGACAGGCUGGCCAAGGAUGCGUGCCAGGGUGACAGUGGCGGACCUCACGUCACUCGCUACGGGGACACUUGGUUCAUAACGGGUGUGGUGAGCUGGGGCGAAGGCUGUGCCCGCGAGGGCAAAUACGGCGUUUACACACAGGUGUCCAAGUACAUCGGCUGGAUCCGGGACGUGAUGGCCAGGUUCCUCCCCAAAGACAACAACGAAGAAAAGAGGAUUAAGAGAAGAGCACAUCCUGUCACUCUUUGGGUAUAAGUUUGACAUCACACAUAUAGAAGCGAAAAGAGAAUGGUUGAUAAACAGGCUUUUGGAGAUGCGUUCAAAACACACUGUUUCUGUGUAGGGGUACUAGUUGGUGUGUUGUAAAACCUAAUAUAAUAUACUGUGUCAGCUUACUUUAUUUGCAGUUCCAUUUACUAAUGUACCAAAAUGGGUGUGCAAUACUUUCCACAAGCUUGAUAUUCAAAUGAU